AUGAAUACAUACCUGCACAAGAAGAACGUUGGUUCAAAAUACUACCACAUAAAAAGUAAACAUUUCUUUAAUAAUUACAAAUAUGUAAAACAUUUCAGCUAUGCCCCAAUUCCCAAAAGGGUUGGGUUCAUGAAGCCAGCAUUUAAGUUAAACAGAAAAGCGCAGACAUAUAUAGUCAACGUACAAUGGUUAAAAAGCAGUAACACAGAGGAAGUACAAAAAUUGUGUAAUAAUAUAAAAAAAGAUGCUAAUUUAUUUAAUAGCUAUGAAAUUAUAGAUUUAAUAUAUUAUUUAAGCAAAAUAUCCAACAAAAAUGUUUAUUUAACAAUUGAACCAUUGUUAUUUCAUUUUUUCCGUAAAUAUAAUACUUCAGUAAAUUUAAAUGGUAUAUCAAUACAUAGAUUAUUAAGAGUGCUAACAGAAUAUCAGGAUUUAGUUUAUAGAGAAUGGAUUUAUUCAAUUGCAAAAAUUAUUUCAAAAAAGCAUGCCCAUAUCCCCAUGAGAGAUAUUCAACUUAUCUUGGAUGAUUUAGCUCUAUUUUACGAUUUUCAAAUACACUGUCAUAUUAUUCCAUUCUACAACACAAUCAUAAAUAGAAUUCAUGAACUAGAAGUAAAAAGAUUACCCUUUCUAAUACAUGUUAUAGGAAGAAUUGGGUGCAAUAAUAAGAAUUUAUUAGAUAUUCUUUAUAAUACUUUAAAAAAAAAUAUUUCAAAAAAUGAGUUAUAUCGGUCCGAUUUUUCAGGACUCCUCCUAAGAGGAUUAGCAAACCUUAAAAUAAAGCCUAACAAAAAUAUUUUAUAUCAGUUAUAUAAACCAGUCAAAGAUGAUAUAAAUUACACAAAUAUAAAAUAUAUAUCAUGGUGUGCUGAUGGCUUCUCUAGGCUAAAUUAUUUUCAUCCAUUACCAUUACUAGUAAAUCAAAUAUUAAAAAUGAAGGAGAAAAUUUCGCAGCUAGAACUUAAUGAUUUCUCGUCCAUACUAAAUUGUAUACAAGCAUAUAUAUUGAUAAAACAAUAUGACACCUACAAUAUGAAAACUAUAAAUUCAAACGAAAGAAAUAUACAUUCCGAUUUCAAGAACAUGAAAAAAUCCUAUCAUAACGAUCAAAAAGGAUCACAACAACAUAGUCGCCUUUUCGUAUGCUAUAGGGCAUCUCAUAAAUUGGAAUGCCACCAAGAUGAUCAUAAUAGACUUAAAUAUUCCGCUUCUAAUGCAGAUAUUAAUAAUUAUUAUAACAAUAAUACAAAAAUAUGUGGUAAAAAUAUAAAAUGCAGUCUUCAAACCGCAUAUGAAAAAGACGAUAAUUUAUGUACUAGUGAGGCUUUUAAUUUGAAUCAGCAAAAAUUACGUCAUACAGAAAAUCUAGGGAAAAUGCAUUGCUCUACUGAACAUAAGGAAAUAAACCUUUUAAGAGAAGAAUGUUACGAUAGUGCAGCAUCAAAACAAGGGGAUGAAAAUAAGGAAAGUGUAGGGGGAGGGAAAAAAGGCAAUACAAAUUGUAACACCAGUAGUUAUACUACUCUAGAAAGUAAGGAAAGCUCGCAACAUUGUAAUGAAGACUACUCUAGAUCAAUAGCGAAGGAAAAAUAUUUAAAUGAAAUACACCCUACUUAUGAUAUUAAUGAUAAUCUUAUAUCUAUGGAAGAAUUAUACGAUAUUUAUAGAAAACUAGAAAAUAUAAUUUUAGAAAAAAUUACUGAAAGUAUUUACAGCAGUACUCCACCCUAUAGAGUUAUUAUGUUUGAAUUAUUAACCAGAUUAUUUAGAUUUUACAAGAAACCCAUAGAUCUAAUAGUUAACAUGAAUACACACAGAUAUGAUACAUCGUUAUUAUUAAAAUACACAAAUAGUCUAUCACUUAUUAUAUCAAAUAAAACCAGUAGAAUUAUGAGCUCAUCGCAAUUGUCUUUUUAUGUAAAUCAAUAUCAUAUUUCAAAUGAAUUUUUUUUUGGAAACAUAUCAAAUUUUGAAAUAUGCGCAGGGGAAGAUUCGUUAAAUAUAGAAAAACUCAAUACUAAAAGAGAAAACCAGAAUGUGCAAAACAAUCUGUACAAAUAUAUAAAAGAAGAACAAACAGAAAAGAAGAGUGAAAGAGAACAGUUUGUAGAAAAAAGCGAAAUUUAUUGUCUUGAGGGCACAGAUGAACACUUGUUAGAUGAAAAAAAUGCUCAUUUAAAUGUAAAUAUUCCAUUACCUAAAAUUUUUAAAAAUUUUUUGCAUUCCAUUUUUUUUAGAACUCCAGCAUUGGGAGGAAGAACUAUUAUGUUACUAUUAAUUGCAUUGGUAAGAUUAAAUUUUGGAGAGAGGGAAAAAUCAGAAUAUUUAAAUAAAAUGGAUACGUACAUCUUACCCUUCUCUAAAGCUAAGGAAAUAUAUAGACCUUUAACAAAUUGUAUUAUUCGAGAAAUAAUUAGAAAACUAGAAACAUUUAAUUCAGAGGAAUUGAUCAUCUGUGCAAUGUGUUUAAACGAAUUAGAUGCAUUAGAUUUAAACGGUGAAUUAUUUCCAUUAUUAAUUGACCGAUUUUUUAAUUUAUAUAAUAAUAAUUAUAUGAGUAAUGAUCAGGUAUCACAACUGAAAGGUCUCUUCCAUUUUUGGCAUACCAAAAGAAGAAACAUAAUCGUUAAUUACCUAACAUUUACAUCGAUAAAACACUUUAAAAGUUUUAUUCUUGCAUAA